UUGUCCCUUUCUGAUACCCGUAAGAAAACUGCCCCGACCCGCGACCAUCAGCAACCACUGAUUUGCCUUCUCCCUCUUCCUUUCUAUAGUCUUCUGGAGUCUCCAGUCAAGUUUUUCACACAUUUCUCCGGGAACAUUUCUUCAAUCUGUUACUUGACAGAGCAAAAUAUGUGAAGGAAAAUCUGAUUUGCUGUUGGUGUUGGUAAGAUUACAUCUCUGUUAAAUCAAUGAACGGUUUGGGGUUCAGCUGCUUUUUCUCGGUUAUUUCUUUGCGAAUUCUAGCCUCUAGGGUUGUUUAUUUUUUGUCAGAUUAAGGCAUAGCUCAAAUCGCUUUCUUUUCUUUGCAAUUACUUGGAAAAUUUCAUUGGGGAAAAUAGUUUUAGAUCAAGCAAAUUGAAAAUGCUGCAACAUCAGAUAGUGCAAUCCCCAGCCAGGCUGGGCUUAACGAACCCCAACUCACCUUCUCUGCAAAACCCUACCCCUCCAAAAUACCCUUCUUCCCAACCCCAGCCCCAACCGCCGCCGCAGCAGCAGCAACAACCUAGCUCCACCAAUCUCUCCGCCACAACCACCUCGUCAGCGCUACUUUCUCUUCUCCCUCCACUGCCCAGAGCACAAUCCCUCCUCCUCCAAAUGGCCUCCUUAGCUUCCAAACUCUUUGAAGUCUCCCCGAAUCGUACCGUCUGGGUGUCCGCCUUUCGCGGAUCUCUCCCUUCUUUCCUCUCUUCGCAAAUCCAAACAACGCCUCCCCCUCCGCUUGAAUCCACCCCAACUUCAACCAAAGAAGUCCUCUCCUUAUUCACUUCCCUCCAAACCCAACUCUUCGAAGCCGUUGCCCAACUCCAAGAAAUCCUGGAUCUUCAAGAUUUUAAGCAGAAGAUUGCGAGGGAAAUUAGGUCCAAUGAUGGUGCAAUUCUUGCUUUUGCUAAUAAACUUAAAGAGGCGGAACGGGUUCUUGAUAUGCUUGUUGAUGAUUAUUCUGAUUAUCGGCGGCCUAAGAGGUUGAAAUUGGAGGAGGAUGGUGGUGGGGGUGAUGAUGAUUCUAGUACCACAACGGUCGCAUCUCAGUUGAAUUUGUCGGAUAUUUUGUCGUAUGCGCAUCGGAUUAGUUAUACUACUUUUGCACCUCCGGAGUUUGGUGCUGGACAGGCACCUCUUCGCGGGGCACUCCCCCCUGCUCCGCAAGAGGAGCAGAUGCGUGCUUCUCAGCUGUAUGCCUUUGCUGAUCUUGAUGUCGGUUUGCCUAAAGCAGUUGAGGCUAAGGAGAAAGCUGUCGAGGCAAUCAUUGAGCCACCACCUGCACAGCCUGUGGAUACCAAUCCACUUGCAAAUUUGGCAGCCCUUCAGGGUUUGCUUCCUCCAAACUUUACAGUUCCAUCAGGCUGGAAACCUGGGAUGCCAGUGGAGUUGCCAACCAAUCUGCCUGUGCCACCACCUGGAUGGAAGCCUGGGGACCCAGUGCCACUGCCUCCGUUGGACUCCUUGCCUAUACCUAGGAUGGAAGAGCCACACUUGCGGCCUGUUCCGCCUCCAGGAUUGCAUAAGCCACCUGAGCCAAUCCAGGUGCGACAUGUUGAGCUGGAUAUCCUGGAUCCUGAUGAUGAUAGCAGUGAUUAUAGUAGUGAUGAGGGAAGCUCUGAUGAUGAAGAUUGAUAGUGUGAUGGUUUGAAUGAUUGGUAGUUUGAAGUACUUGAAGUAAGUGUACCUGCAAUAUGUAACUCAUAAUUUUAGGAACAAAAUGGAAUUCUGAGUUUCAUUCAUGUACCCGAAUGCUAAGUAAUUUGCAAUUUGUAGAGUCCUUUUCACUAACCCAUCUGAAUUCCUUUAGUUGGAAAAUAAUUGCAUUUCCUAGAUAUAUAAUUAUUUCUUGUCAUGUAUCAGAAUUGAAAAUGAGAAGGAUUUGGUUUUGUUUUA